AAAAAAAAAAUCAGUACUUUGUCUCCUUUUUAUCACCUCAUACAUCUUUAACUUCACUAAAAACCCUAGCUUCCAAACCCUUGUUGCCUCCAUUUUUCUUCCAUCGCAAAAUCCCAAUUUUGCUUCGUUUUUUCCUGCAGAAUUUGUGUGUUUGAAUUAAUAGCUGUUUUGUAACUAUGUCGGACGACGAGAGAGAAGAGAAAGAAUUGGAUCUCACAAGUCCUGAGGUCGUCACCAAGUACAAGAGCGCCGCUGAAAUUGUUAACAAGGCGCUGCAGUUGGUGUUGUCCGAAUGCAAGCCAAAAGCAAAGAUAGUUGAUCUUUGUGAGAAAGGGGAUGCCUUUAUCAAAGAGCAAACUGGAAAUAUGUACAAGAAUGUGAAGAAGAAGAUUGAGAGAGGUGUUGCAUUUCCAACAUGUAUUUCAGUUAAUAACACCGUGUGCCAUUUCUCUCCAUUGGCUAGUGAUGAGACAGUAGUGGAAGAAGGUGAUAUAUUGAAGAUUGAUAUGGGAUGUCACAUUGAUGGAUUUAUUGCAGUAGUUGGACAUACACAUGUUCUUCACGAAGGACCAGUUACUGGUAGAGCUGCUGAUGUCAUUGCAGCUACUAAUACAGCUGCUGAAGUUGCUUUGAGACUUGUAAGACCAGGAAAGAAGAACUCGGAUGUAACAGAAGCUAUUCAGAAGGUUGCUGCUGCCUAUGACUGCAAGAUUGUCGAGGGUGUAUUGAGCCAUCAAAUGAAGCAGUUUGUUAUUGAUGGAAACAAAGUUGUAUUGAGCGUGUCCAAUCCUGACACAAGAGUAGAUGAAGCAGAAUUUGAAGAGAAUGAGGUCUACUCCAUUGAUAUCGUGACAAGCACUGGUGAUGGAAAGCCCAAGUUGUUGGAUGAGAAACAGACAACCAUCUACAAGAGAGCUGUAGACAAAAGCUAUAACCUGAAGAUGAAAGCCUCAAGGUUCAUCUUCAGUGAAAUCAGUCAGAAGUUCCCUAUCAUGCCAUUUACCGCAAGGGAUUUGGAGGAGAAGAGGGCUCGUUUGGGCCUUGUUGAAUGUGUUAACCAUGAGCUUUUGCAGCCAUAUCCUGUUCUACAUGAGAAACCUGGUGAUUUGGUUGCUCACAUUAAGUUCACAGUGCUGUUAAUGCCCAAUGGAUCGGAUAGGGUAACAUCUCAUGCGCUCCAGGAGCUUCAGCCUACAAAGACAACAGAGAAUGAACCUGAAAUCAAGGCUUGGCUAGCCCUUCCCACCAAGACUAAGAAGAAAGGUGGUGGGAAGAAAAAGAAAGGAAAGAAAGGUGACAAGGUAGAAGAGGCAUCUCAAGCUGAGCCUAUGGAAGGAUAGUGAAGUGGCUCCAAAACUUUCAUACUUGCAAUUUUGAGGUGCUUUGAUCGAUCAACUUUACUGAAACUAUUGGUUCAGUGUGAGUUGAUUCGGCACACGUUGAGCUGCUUAUGUUCAUCUUUGUGGGGUUAUGAAAGACAAUUAUUGUACCCGUUCAUGUUAAGUUGUUCUCCUUAGGUUUUUCAAUGCUAUUCAAAAUUCUCUUAUCAUUUAAAUUUUAAACCUUCAAUAAGUCCGUAUUGUGCUCUUCUCUAUUUGUUUGAAGUUAGAAAGAUCACAUUUUUGUUUCUGAUA